AUGGGAAGACAUUCACUCAAAAGGAAAGAGACAACAAAGGUACGACCCUCUGCACCAGCAGAGAUACCCAAAUAUCCACCCACAAUCUAUGAACCUUCACCAGCCACAUUAAAGAACUUUCCACUGUCGAUUGUGAAUGGCGUUACUCGUGAAAAUGGAUUGUACUCGCUCACUUUGAAAUCCAUAAACUGUGAAACAUACGUUGAACAAAAUGAGAAUAUGAGACGAGUGUUGAAAAAACCAAAACUUGAGGCUCCAAAGAGAAUUUCCGAUUUGGAUCUAGAAGCUGUAGUAAAGAAAUUGACUGAAGAUGUGGAGUAUGCAAAGAACCAGAGUUUGCCCAUAUUAAAAGAAAACAAUGCUGAAAUUAAUGAACUUUAUAAAAACUUAAAUGAUGUCUUGAAAGGUGGAGAUGACACAAACGAAGCCUUGGUUGAUUUGCGGAAAAAACUUUUAGAUUUUGCAACAUCAAGCGGAGUUGUGUUCAGAGAGGGUAAAUAUGCUUUCAAUACCAGCUUGGUAAUACCAGAUAUUCCAAUAGAAAGAGCCGAAGAUGUACGGGAUGAUGUUAAGUCCGUAACAAGCUUGGAGCAACAAUCAAGCGGAGGGGAUAAAGUUUCAGUUACAGAUAAUGAAACGAAAAAUGUUGAUGUCGCAGCACAUCAAGAACAGUCGAGCGAAGGGGAUAAUGUUGAUGUCGCAGCACAUCAAGAACAGUCGAGCCGAGGGGAUAAAGUUUCAAUUACAGAUAAUGAAACGAGAGGAGGGGAUAAUGUUUCAAUUACUGAUAAUGAAACGAGAGGAGAGGAUGAUGUUUCAAUUACAGAUAAUGAAACGAAAAAUGACAAUAUUGCAUCACAUCAAGAACAAUCAACGCUAUCAGUACAACCAGUGGAGUCUACAGUUGAUGUCCACCAGACACAGAAUUCGGUUCCGGAGCCGGUAGCAGAUGUAACUCAGGUUGGUGUGUCGGUCACCACAACAAACACAAGUCCCGAAUCUCCUUCAGGUGCGGAAAAUAAUACACAUGAGGAAGUAGAAGCUGAAGAAGAACCAAGGCAAAUAGAGCUGGUGUCAGAAUCCAAUGGUGAAGAAGCACACAAUCAACAAACGACACCAGAUGCUGCUAUCAAAGAAGUAUAA